UUUAAUUCUUCCUACUUAUUAACUAAAGCUAUAUCAACUCUGACCAACUCUGAAACAUGUUUAAACGAACUGUUAAACCCGUAUAAGUUGCAAGACAAAUAUAUGAAGUCGUGUCCCCGACCUGAGUCAUUUUAAAGUAUGAGCCAGUCUGAGGACCAGUGGAGUUGCAGGCCUCCCAGUACAGGAGAAGUGGAAUUAGAGGAGCAGGAGGAGAAGGUGAAGAGAAUAGAGGAGGACACACCUCUCGUGGCCAUGGCACCUGAUGCUUCCUUUCCAGAGGAGCGGCCCUCUACCACAGAUAUCUAUGAUUUCUCUCCAGCCUUCCAGUGCCUAAAUGAGCUACUCUCUUCAGGCAAAUUGAGCAUGACCAAAGGAGAAAAACUGAAGGCCAGCUACAAGCAGAUGCAGGAUGUCUUGAAGAGAUCAGAGUUAAAUGUCCAGCAGUUGGAGCGUAACUGUGCUGAGCUGAGGAGGGAGCAGGCCGCGAAGGAGAGUGGUGAGAAGCAGGCUUCCCUUGAGGUGGCCAAAAAGGUGGUUAGCGUCCUGAAACAGCAGCUCCAACAGGCCUCCAGCAAAUUGAGGACAGUCAGUGACAUCAAAUCUGAGGCAGAACGGCAAGUGGAGCGUCUUCAGAAGGAGAAGAAACAGCUUGAGUCAAGGAGAGAGCUUGCAAUGCAGCCCAAACCUGAAGAGCUGGGGAUUAGAGCCCUGAAGGACAAACAUGAAGAACUGAAGACAGAGGUGGCCCAGACACAUCUGACAGUCAGAGGUCUGCAGGAAGAAUUGGAGACCUGUGAAAUGCAAGUAUUAGAGGGGCAGAAAGCGCUGGAAGACAAUAAGAAGAUCAUAGAGAGUAAACAGGUCGAGUUGGUCCAGCUCGCCAGAGUGCAUGGACAGCUUUUAAGAGGGAAUAAAGAAUUGAGCCAUCAAAAGGUGGAUAAAAUGAAGGAGCUGGAAGCGCUGAAUGAGGUAGUCUCAGAGAGGAGCCUGCAGCUGAAAGAGGCAGAAGAGCAUAUUAGUGCCCUAAAGGUGGAGCAUAAGGAGGCGAUGAAGAAGCAGGGGCGGUUAAGGGGCCAAAUGGUCAGUGACAUGACGCAUAGACAGCUGCUAAAAGAGACUGAGGCCCAGCAGGAGGCAAUGAACACACUCAUGGGAGACAGAGGUUUACUGGAAAUGAAGUUAGAGAACAUCAUGACUGACAGAGAACUCCUGAGUGAGAGUAAAUCCAGGCAACUCAGAGAACUAAAAAGGGUGACACAAGCCCUUGAGAGGAUGGAAGGUGCACAGAAAUUAGCAAAUGAGAAGAGGGAGCAAAUGCAGUUGACCCACAAUAAGAUGAAGGAUCAGAUUGAUGCUUGCUCUUCUGAAGCCAUGGCCCUUCUUCAACGGGAGAUGGAGCUUCAGAAAGAGAAAGAAGCCCUUAAAGCCAGCAUGCAAAAAAAGUGUUUCAUAACUGAGGUUGAAAACCAGAAGAGUCAGUAUGACAGCACGAUGCUGGAGCUGCAGAAGGAGACAAGCCAGCUCAAAGACGAAGUCCACAACCUCAAAAGUCUGACACAAGUUAGAGCUGCAGAGAAGCUCAGCAUGGAGAAUGAGCAGCGUAGGCUUCAGAAAAUGUUGCAGCUUAUCCAGCACGAACAGCUACAGAAAGACCUGGAUAUCAAGCAGUACAACACGCACAGUGCUGUGCUAAAGACCAGGCUGUCAAAGUGGACUAAAGCUUGUGACAGGAUGAUUACAAAGAGGGAUGAGUAUUCUAAUCUGAGCCAACUUGCCUCAGAGCAAGCAUCCGAGUCGACCUGCGAACUUCAAGUACUGAAGAAUGAGUAUGAGAUCCUAUGCCAAACUGCUAUCGACAAGGAGAGAUCACUGGCAGAAGGUUAUGAGAAGCUCCGCUGCAGCCACAUAAUUGGGGACAGACUACAUGAAGACAUCUCUGAGGUAAAGAGGGAGCUUCUCCAGCUCAGAGAGCAGGAUAAGGAUUACGAGAUGAGGUUGUCAAAACUCAAAACCACAAUCAAUGCCCAGGAGAAGACCCAGCUGGAACUGACUGAAAGAUGCAAAGCAGAUGACCAGAGCCGAAAUGAUCUGCACAACCAGCUGCUUGAACGGGGGGACGAGAUGUGUCGCCUCAAUGAAAAGGUGACCAUCCUGGAAAACAGCAUUGCUAAGCACAGCAUGGAGGUGGACAAAGACAAGGGACAGCUGCAGCUGGCGGUCAUGGAGGAAGAGAGACAGAUCGACCUGAAGAGGAAGGAGCAGAUUGCCAUCAAGGAGGUGGAGGGCCAGAUCGCCACCCUGCAGACAGAGUUGUUAAACGCUAGGGGCCAGAACCAGGAGCUAGAGAAUGCCUUCGAAGGAAAAAUCUGGGAAAUACAAGGCCUAGAACCAUCAAAUGUAGAACUGUUGGACAAGAUUGAGCAGUUAGAGAUAAAAGUAGCACAGUGUGAGAGGCAGGUAUUGGAGCAAUAUCACCGAUUGGAUCAGAUGAACCGGCUUAUUCAGCCAAUCCAAGAGGAGAAUGACAAAUGGGAGAGACUGGAACAAGCUAAGAAGCUGAACAAGCUUCAGUCUGAUAUCAACAAGAACGACUGUCACAUAAAGGCAGCGUUGGCGCAGAUCAACAUAUUGAAAGCCGAUAACUUGUCACUGGAAAAAGACAUCGAGGAGAAAAAGCAACAGGUGGAGUUGCACAAGGAGCGGCUGCAGCAGGGCCUGCCUCCGUGCCCUGAGAUGGAAGAGGAGAGGAGGAAAGUUCUCCGGAACAAAGAGAGGAGGCAGAGGGACAAACAGGAGAGAGAGAGGCUUGCUGAGGAGGAGGAGAUGAAGAGGUUGCCUAAUGGAGCAUACACCACAGCUGAGCCCCGUCCCAAUAUGUACAUCCCCCAGGAUGACCUCCUGAUCCUGCCUAAGCCCUACGGAGCCCUGGCCCCGUUCAAACCUACCACACCAGGAGCCAACAUGCGACACAUCCGCAAGCCAAAGGUGCUUAAACCUGUAGAUGAAUAGGUACAAAUACAGUCUGAGUCAGAUGUGUUCAGCACAUCUUCAUUUGACUACUUUCUUUGAUUAAGGUACAUUAAUUUCCCAAGGACUCAGGGAAUAUUUUACAUAAUUUCUUUUGCUGUGCAUGUAUUGCGCUUGUAAUGCUGAAGAAUAAAAUGAGAUGAAUUUAAGCAAUAAGGCAGAGUGCCUGCUGAACAUUUGAAAUGUUAAAAGUAAACACUGAGGCAAUGAAUGAAUUGUGUGGGGAAUGACAAAGGGAGAGGAGAACUAAAAUGUAGAGGAACCCUAACAAAGAAGUCAAUAGUGAAUGGGAGUCAGAAGAGGCAAGGGAGGAGAGUUACAGUAAAAAGGAUAAAAGAAGAGUUUUGACUGAGGUGAAGAGUUUGCGGUCAGUUACUGGCAAUGACAAAAACAAAGUCACAUGCUGUUUAAGUUUGUAAUAAA